AUGGACUUGGGUAGAAAUGGUGAUGCUAAUGAGCUACUUCAAGCUCAAGCUCACAUAUUGAAUCGCAUAUUCAACUUCAUAAACUCCAUGCCCCUCAAAUGUGCAAUUCAACUCGGCAUACCAGACAUUAUUCACAAGCAUGGUAAGCCCAUGACCGUGGAUGAACUCACCAAUGCUCUUCCAAUUGGCAAUGCAAAAGCCCCCUUUGUCUAUUGCCUGAAGAGGAUUCUAAUCCGGUCAGGCUUCUUCAUCGAGGCAAAAAUUAGUCAGCACGAUGAAGAGGAAGCCAAUAACAAGAGUUUAGCCUUUGUUGGAGGAGAUAUCUUUGUAGCUAUUCCUCCUGCAGGUGACGUUAUAAUGAAGUGGAUGUUGCACGAUUGGAAUGAUGAGGAAUGUGUACAAAUGCUUAGGAAAUGCAAAGAAGCAAUUCCUAGCAAGGAAAAUGGAGGGAAGGUGAUAAUCAUAGACAUGGUACUGAAUGACCAGCAAAAGGGAGCUGAUGAUCAUGAGGGAAACAAAGAAAUGAGAAGAGUGGGUAAAACUCUUUCUGAGGCAGGAUUCAAUGACUAUAAGAUAACUCUAGUACUGGGCUUGAGAUCCCUUAUUGAGGUUUAUUAUUAG